GUGGAGGUUUCCGUCUUUUCAUGUCCGCAACACUGGCUCCAUUAUUUUUUGGUCUGGAUUCUCAUUUAUUUAUAAGUAGAAUCAAACCCUUAGUGUUGUGUUGUUGGCCUCGCCUGUGUUUAUGAUGAUAAUGAGCAGCCUGUGAUGUGUCUCGGGGGAUCUCCAGAUAUUUUGCUGCCCAUGUGGGAGUGGAGAGGGGAGGGAGCACUUGAGAGGAAGUUGUCUCUUUGUUUGGUCACAUUUUUAAAAUUGAUUUCUGCGACUAAGUGAAUAAUGCUGCGUGAUGGAGGGAAACGGCUGUUGGAAUCUCAACUUGUUUCCGUAUCUCAGAAGCAAAGUACCGUACAGAGGUUUGAAGCUGUUGUGUAGUAAUCUGAUACUUAAAGCUGCAGUGUGUGUUUUUUUUAGACCAUUAUCACAUGGUUUAUGUUGGAGCUGCAUAAAUAGUGAAAGACAGAGCAAAUAAACUUAGUCCUAAAGUUCAGCAAAUGGCGCAGCAACUUCUGCAGAAAUGUUUUUCUUAACAGGAAGAAUCUCUUGCAGCCGUGUAGUUGUUAUGUAACCUAAACAGAGCCUGUGUUAGAUCCUGUGAGUUUGAGGAAAUAAUACAAAAAAAACACUUUAACAAUUGGUUCUCUCAAGAGGAGGGAAGUCUGUCAUCUUGAAGCAAUGCAGUAACACACUGGCAUGUUUUCGUACGAGUCCUGCUUAUGAAUUGGUGCGUUCUGCAACCCUGUCGUAUAUCGUGCAACAAGGUCAGAAAGGUGAUGAGCAGUGCACAGAGACACAGGGGCUGUAAAAGGUUAUCAAAGGCAAGCUCAAUAACCAAGUGCAAUCAGUAUUUUCCCUCGGCGAACGGUACAAAGCUGGAGUUCAGUUUAAAGUUCAUACUGUAUCAACCCCAGGAAGAAUUGCACUCCAGCUCCAGGAUAUAGCUGAUGCGACUCAGUUUCUCAGUGACAGACCGAAUUUCUGUGGAGUUACGCUUUGCCUUGUGGGAGCAACUGCAGUGAGACUUUGGAAUGAGCACGACAUGAGCCAACAGAUAAUCAUGGCCUAGCAUGUCCGGUCUUCAUCUGGUGAAAAAAGGACGUGAACACAGAAAGAUGGAUCUACAGAGGGACUUCACUGUGGCCUCUCCGGCCGAGUUUGUCACUCGAUUCGGUGGCAACCGUGUCAUCGAAAAAGUGCUGAUCGCCAACAAUGGCAUCGCCGCAGUCAAAUGUAUGCGUUCUAUCCGUCGAUGGUCCUACGAAAUGUUUCGCAACGAGAGGACCAUCCGCUUUGUUGUCAUGGUGACCCCUGAAGACUUGAAGGCUAAUGCAGAAUACAUUAAGAUGGCAGAUCAUUAUGUGCCUGUACCUGGCGGGCCCAACAAUAACAACUAUGCCAACGUAGAGCUGAUAGUGGACAUUGCAAAAAGAAUCCCAGUGCAGGCUGUGUGGGCCGGCUGGGGACAUGCGUCAGAAAAUCCCAAACUGCCCGACCUCCUGAACAAAGCAGGGAUAUCAUUUUUAGGGCCGUCCAGUAAGGCCAUGUGGGCUCUAGGGGAUAAAGUGGCUUCGUCCAUUGUGGCCCAGAGUGCUGACAUUCCCACACUACCAUGGAGCGGAUCAGGUCUGAGAGUGGAGUGGACAGAGGAGGACCAAGCAGGAGAAAAUGUGAUCAGUGUUCCUCCAGAGAUCUACGCAAAGGGCUGCGUCCUUGAUGUAGACGAUGGCAUGGCAGGAGCUGAGAGGAUUGGUUAUCCGGUUGUUAUCAAGGCCUCUGAGGGUGGAGGUGGAAAGGGAAUCCGUAAAGUAGAAAGUUCUGAGGACUUUCCCAGUUCAUAUAGACAGGUUCAGACAGAGGUACCUGGCUCACCCAUCUUCGUCAUGCAGCUGGCUCAGCAUGCGAGGCACCUCGAGGUGCAGAUACUGGCCGAUGAAUACGGGAAUGCCAUCUCUCUGUUUGGACGAGACUGCUCCAUCCAGAGGAGGCACCAGAAGAUCAUAGAGGAGGCUCCUCCCACCAUAGCUUCUCCCUCCACGUUCGAGCAAAUGGAACAGUUUGCUGUGCGACUUGCCAAGAUGGUGGGUUAUGUGAGUGCAGGUACUGUGGAGUAUCUCUUCUCUGAAGAUGAAAGUUUCCACUUCCUGGAGCUGAAUCCACGUCUGCAGGUUGAACAUCCGUGCACAGAGAUGAUCGGCGAUGUAAACCUGCCUGCGGCCCAGCUUCAGAUUGCCAUGGGAAUCCCGCUUCAUAGAAUCAAGGACAUCCGCUUGCUUUAUGGAGAAACUCCGUGGGGCGACACCAUCAUUAACUUUGAAAAUCCAGACUGCAUCCCGAGUCCAAGAGGGCACGUCAUAGCUGCUCGCAUCACCAGCGAGAACCCUGAUGAGGGUUUCAAGCCCAGUUCUGGCACCGUGCAGGAGCUGAACUUCCGCAGCAGUAAAAAUGUGUGGGGUUACUUCAGCGUGGGGGCGACCGGCGGCCUGCAUGAAUUCGCGGACUCGCAGUUCGGACACUGUUUCUCGUGGGGCGAGAACCGCGAAGAAGCCAUUUCGAACAUGGUGGUGGCGAUGAAGGAGCUGUCCAUCAGAGGCGACUUCAGGACAACUGUUGAGUACCUCAUUAAGCUACUGGAGACGGAAAACUUCAGAAACAAUGACAUCGACACUGGCUGGCUGGAUCAUCUCAUUGCAGAGAAAGUGCAGGCAGAGAGACCAGACACCAUGCUGGGUGUGGUCUGUGGGGCUUUGCACGUUGCUGAUGCGAGCUUCAGAAAGAGCAUGUCUGAUUACCUACAUUCCCUGGAAAGAGGACAGGUGCUGCCUGCAGCCAGUCUCCUCAACUCUGUCAGUGUCGAACUUAUAUUCGAAGGAGUCAAGUUCUGUCUCAAGGUGGCGCGCCAGUCCCCGACAACAUACUUCAUUGUGAUGAACAGCUCCAACAUUGAAAUAGACGUCCACAGGCUAAGUGAUGGAGGCCUCCUGCUGUCCUACGAUGGCAGCAGCCACACCACCUACAUGAAGGAGGAAGUCGACCGUUACCGCAUCACUGUUGGCAACAAGACCUGUGUAUUUGAGAAGGAGAAGGAUCCCACAGUGCUGAGGUCGCCGUCCGCUGGCAAACUGCUGCAGUACAUGGUGGAGGAUGGAGGUCACAUUAAUGCAGGGGACAUCUACGCUGAGAUUGAGGUGAUGAAGAUGGUGAUGACUCUGACUGUGCAGCAGUCUGGUUGUGUCCACUUUGUUAAGAGACCUGGAGCGGUGCUGGUGCUUGGCUGUAUUGUGGCACAUAUCGACCUCGACGACCCCAGCAGUAUACAUCGGGUGGAGCUCAACACAGCCAUGUUGCCGCCCCAGCAGCCGCUGCCCAUGGUCGGGGAAAAGCUUCACCAGGUGUUUCACAGUGUCCUCGAGAACCUGGUUAAGGUCAUGGAAGGGUACUGCCUUGAAGAGCCCUACUUCAGCACCAAGCUGAAAAAGUGGGUGGCCACCCUGAUGAAGAGUCUAAGAGACCCCUCCCUGCCGCUGCUGGAGCUCCAGGAAAUCAUGACCAGUGUGGCGGGACGUGUUCCACCUGGUGUUGAGAAAAACAUCCGGAAGGUCAUAGCCCAGUACGCCAGCAACAUCACGUCCGUCCUCUGCCAGUUCCCCAGUCAAAGGAUUGCAAAUAUUCUAGACAGCCAUGCAGCGACCAUGCAGAGGAAGGCUGACCGAGAGGUUUUCUUCAUGAACACCCAGAGUAUCGUACAGCUGGUACAAAGGUACCGCAGUGGAAUCCGGGGUUAUAUGAAGUCUGUGGUUCUAGACCUGCUGAAGCGCUACCUGCAAGUUGAGAUGCAGUUUCAGCAAGCUCACUAUGACAAGUGUGUCAUCAACUUGAGAGAACAGCACAAACCCAACAUGAGUCCGGUGCUGGAGUACAUCUUCUCUCAUGCUCAGGUCCCCAAGAAGAACAUCCUGGUCACAAUGCUCAUCGACCAACUGUGCGGACGGGAUUCCACGCUGGCCGAUGAGCUGAUGGCGAUUCUGAAUGAACUCACACAGCUCAGUAAGACGGAGAACUCACGGGUGGCACUGAGAGCCAGACAGGUCUUGAUUGCCUCAAAUCUACCAUCAUAUGAGCUGAGACACAACCAGGUGGAGUCCAUCUUCCUGUCGGCCAUUGACAUGUACGGACACCAGUUCUGUCCAGAGAACCUGAAGAAACUCAUCCUCUCUGAAACCUCCAUAUUUGAUGUUUUACCCAAUUUCUUCUAUCACUCCAAUCAAGUGGUGUGCAUGGCUGCACUUGAGGUGUAUGUGCGCAGAGCUUAUAUCGCCUAUGAGCUAAACAGCAUCCAGCAUCACCAGCUGCAGGACGGAACAUGUGCUGUGGACUUCCAGUUCAUGUUGCCGUCAUCACAUCCCAACAGAGGGAGCAGCCCUACUAUGAACAGACUUCCUGUGCCGAUGCAUGGAUCAGGACAGUUUAACAUCAGGCGUCAGAGCAGUGAGCUCUUCCUGGAGGGAGCCUGGUCUCCACCCUGCCAGCGCAUGGGUGCCAUGGUGGCGUUCCAGUGUUUCGACGACUUCAGAAGGAAUUUCGAUGAAGUUCUUUCCAGCUUUGCAGAACCACUCGCGGAGAGUUCUCCGUUCUCGGAGUCCUGCUCCAGUCUUUACGAGGAGGAGAAUUUUAAGAAUACGAGGGAGAAUCCAAUCCACAUCAUUAAUGUGUCCAUAAAAACAGCAGAUACGGAGGAUGACAAUGCCUUGGUCACAGCGUUGUCUGCCUUCACCCAGUCAAAGAGAGCAAUCCUCUUCGAGUAUGGAAUCAGGAGAAUCACGUUUUUGAUCGCACAGAAGAGAGAAUUUCCCAAGUUCUUCACGUUCAGAGCUAGAGACGGGUUCCAGGAGGAUCGUAUUUACAGGAAUCUGGAGCCAGCGUUAGCGUUUCAGCUGGAGCUCAACCGUAUGAGGAACUUUGGCCUGAAAGCUGUUCCCUGUUCCAACCACAAGAUGCACCUCUACCUGGGCGCUGCUCGUGUUCAGGAGGGAGCUGAGGUCACAGACUACCGCUACUUCAUCCGAGCCAUCAUCCGCCACUCAGACCUCAUUACAAAGGAAGCCUCAUUUGAAUACCUUCAAAAUGAGGGAGAACGUCUUCUCCUGGAGGCCAUGGAUGAGCUGGAGGUGGCCUUCAGUAACACCAGCGUCCGAACAGACUGCAACCACAUCUUCCUCAACUUUGUCCCAACCGUUAUCAUGGACCCCUCGAAGAUAGAGGAGUCUGUCCGCUCCAUGGUGAUGCGCUAUGGCAGCCGUCUGUGGAAGCUGCGGGUCCUUCAGGCAGAACUGAAGAUCAACAUCCGCCUGACGCCAACGGGAAAUGCUGUUCCUGUCCGUCUGUUUCUCACUAAUGAAUCUGGCUAUUAUUUGGACAUCAGCCUGUACAAGGAGGUCAAUGACCUAAGUUCUGGACAGAUCAUGUUCCAGUCCUAUGGAGACAAGCAGGGUCCUCUGCACGGCAUGCUGAUCAACACUCCUUAUGUGACCAAGGAUCUGCUGCAGGCCAAACGCUUCCAGGCUCAAACUCUGGGCACCACAUACGUCUACGACUUCCCUGAGAUGUUCAGACAGGCUCUGUUUAAGCUCUGGGGUCCAGGGGAAAAGUAUCCUAAAGACGUGCUGAUUUGCGCUGAGCUGGUUCUGGACCCACAAGGUCGACUGGUGCAGAUGAACCGCCUACCUGGUGACAAUGAUGUGGGGAUGGUCGCCUUCAGGAUGAAGAUGAAGACUCCAGAGUACCCCGAGGGCAGGGACAUCAUUGUCAUCUGCAACGACAUCACUUACAUGAUCGGCUCGUUCGGUCCUCAGGAGGACGAGCUGUUCCUCAGGGCGUCGGAGCUGGCUCGGGCAGAGGGCAUCCCCCGCAUUUACAUCUCGGCCAACAGCGGAGCGCGCAUCGGCCUCGCUGAAGAAAUCAAACACAUGUUCCAGGUGGCAUGGAUCGACCCUGCUGACCCCUACAAGGGUUUCAAGUACCUUUACCUGACACCUCAGGACUACACACGUAUCAGCUCCACCAAUUCUGUUCACUGUCACCACGUAGAGGAAGGAGGAGAGUCCAGGUACAUCAUCACGGACAUCAUCGGGAAGGAUGAAGGUCUUGGUGUUGAGAACCUGAGAGGAUCUGGCACCAUCGCUGGAGAAUCUUCUCAGGCCUAUGAGGAGAUUAUUACAAUCAGCAUGGUGACGUGUCGUGCUAUUGGGAUCGGAGCCUAUCUGGUCCGUUUGGGACAGCGAGUGAUUCAGGUGGAGAACUCUCACAUCAUCCUGACUGGAGCAAGUGCUCUGAACAAGGUUCUGGGCAGAGAGGUCUACACCUCAAACAACCAGCUGGGAGGAAUCCAGAUCAUGCACAACAAUGGAGUGACUCACACCACGGUGCCAGAUGACUUUGAGGGCGUCUUCACCAUCCUGCAGUGGCUCUCCUACAUGCCAAAGAACAAACACUCUCCUGUGCCUAUCAUAGCAGCUAAAGAUCCAGUGGACAGAGAGAUAGAGUUCACUCCUACUAAAGCUCCGUAUGACCCUCGCUGGAUGCUGGCCGGUCGACCUCACCCCACGGUGAGAGGCGCCUGGCAGAGCGGAUUCUUCGACCAAGGCUCUUUCAUGGAGAUCAUGGAGUCCUGGGCUAAGACGGUGGUGGUAGGAAGAGCUCGGUUAGGAGGAAUACCUCUUGGUGUCAUCGCUGUUGAAACACGCACAGUAGAGUUGACCGUCCCAGCCGAUCCAGCCAACCUGGACUCAGAAUCUAAAGUUUUGCAGCAGGCUGGUCAGGUGUGGUUCCCAGACUCAGCCUUUAAAACAGCUCAGGCCAUUUGUGACUUCAACCGUGAGCGUGUGCCUCUCAUGGUGUUCGCCAACUGGAGGGGCUUCUCCGGGGGAAUGAAGGAUAUGUAUGACCAGGUACUGAAGUUCGGAGCCUACAUUGUGGAUGCCCUGCAUGGUUUCCGUCAGCCGGUGCUGGUGUACAUCCCACCACAUGCUGAGCUGAGGGGAGGGUCCUGGGUGGUGAUUGACCCCACCAUCAACCCGCUGUGUAUGGAGCUCUAUGCUGACAGGGAGAGCAGAGGGGGUGUGCUGGAGGCUGAGGGCACAGUGGAGAUCAAAUUCAGGAAGAAGGACCUGCUGAAGACCAUGAGAAGACUAGAUUCCGUCUAUGCCAGUCUGGUUGAGCAGCUUGCUUCCCUGGAGCUGUCUGACAAACAGUGCAGAGAGCUGGAGUCACAGCUCAAAGCCAGAGAAGAAUUCCUGUUGCCCAUCUACCACCAGGUGGCAGUGCAGUUUGUAGACCUGCACGACACCCCAGGGAGGAUGCAGGAGAAGGGUGUCAUCACUGAUAUUCUGGAUUGGAAGAACGUGCGGACGUUCUUUUACUGGCGUCUCCGUCGCCUCUUGUUGGAGCAGGUGGUGAAAUGUGAGAUUCUGCAGGCCAACAAGGACCUCAGUGACGGACACGUGCAGUCCAUGCUGCGACGCUGGUUUGCUGAGACAGAGGGAACCGUCAAGGCUUACCUCUGGGACAAUAACCAAGCUGUAGUUGAGUGGCUUGAGAAGCAUUUGUCCAUGGAGGACAGCGGCACGCAGUCAGCCAUCAGAGAGAACAUCAAGUACUUGAAACGAGAAAACACUUUGAAACACAUCCGCAGCCUGGUGCAGGCGAACCCUGAUGUGGCCAUGGACUGCAUCAUCCACAUGAGCCAGAGCAUCACUCCGUCCCAGAGGGCCAAGCUCUUGCAUCUGUUCUCAACUAUGGACAACACCAGCGCCAGUUAAGCUGAGGGGCUUUACCAGGUUGUGAUAUUAAAGACAACGAAGGGUCGUAUCCACCUGAUUGUGCUGUAUAAGUAAAGAGGGGGGGCAUUUAAAGAUAUAAAGGUGAUUGUACAGGAUUAUAGUCGGGGCAAUUCUUUGCACUACGCACAUGCUGAAUGUGACCUACUCCUAAGUUAUUACAGAACCACUACAAAGCCCUGUCUUUUAUAAUCUGUUCCAAUGAUUGUCUUUUACAUUUGUCGAGUGUUUGCACCUGAUGGUGUAUCAGUGUUAAAAAUGUAUCUCAAUAAGCUCUUUGUGGUCUAUCGAGGUCAGGGUUAUACAAUCAAAGAAAUAGAAGCCAAAGUCCUGAGGCAGUAAAAUAGUGAAUUGAUGUUUCAGAUACAUUUUUGUGCAAUUAUUUUAUCAGUAUUGUGAUGCAAAAAUGCAAAUUAAGAAGCAGGUAAAAUUGUGUACUGCAGUGUCAUGAGUUCAGUUGUGUUCGUCAUUUCACUGUUGACACUGGAGCCAGUGGUCCAUUCUUUUCAAUGUUUCUUUCAGUCUCUGAUGUUUAUGUGCUAAAGACAAUGGUAUGUAUGACAGGAGAUGGUGUGACACUGUAUUUGAUACUUCUGAGCUUCCUUCAUUUCUCUCUGUGCAUCUCUGAGACACAUUUCUUCAGACUCAGGUUUGGUCAAAGAUGGACAUUAACGACUGAAGUGGUCUCGCCGGCUGAUGUCUUGAUUUGCCUCGCCUCCGAUCAGAAAUAUCAACCGUGACAUUUCCUUUGAAUGUACAUAAGCUCUUUCCUGUGUCUUGUUUUCCCCCCAAGGGAUGUUGUUAAUAAAUAUCAUUGAUAUA